AUGAAGUUGUGGAACUUUGGCGGCAGUUCCAGCAAGGACGACAGUAAGGGCGCCGAUACUGCGGCCAGCUCAGGCGCUGAUAACGCCUCUUCAGCUGAAGAUGGUGAAGGACAGAAAACUUCUUCACUUUCAGAAGAAUCCUCUUCUUCGCCGGCUUACCUUUCGCCAAAAAUGACCAGCGGCCCGGCUGGACUAGGUGAUCCCGAUGACCGAACCCUUCGCAAGGUGGAGACGGAAGUGCUGGUGCCCAAACUGGUCCGUGAACGGGCCAAGAAGCUCAAGUGUGCCGAUCUAAAGCAAGACUUUGACCAGUGCUGUCUGGACCACGCGAUGAUGAUGGUGGUGAACUGCCGCGACCAGAACCGCCGCUACCAGGAGUGCAUGGCCAGCUGGUUCCACAACAAGGACUUCGUGGCGGAGUGCACCGAGAUCUACCUGCAGCAACGGGCGGAGUUUCGCCGCACCGGCGUCAAGCAGAAUCCUCGACGGGCGAAGAAGCAGC